CAUAACGGACUGCGAAGCUACGUCGCUUUUUCUACCUACCGUGUGUGUUUCUUUUUUCUCUUUCUCUCUCUCUCUUCGAAUGUCAAUUGCACAUACCGAGGCGUGACUUCGUUUAUAAAAAUGUGAUUGUGUGAUAACUGUGACUAUCGCUCGUGCUAUUAUGUUUGUGCGCGUGUUUUUUUAACGAAAAGUUUAUCAUAUAAUAUUAUAAUAUAUUGCCGAAGUGAGAGUGUUUAACGUGACGUUCGAAAUCGAGCCGGUACGCGACGAGUAAAGCAGUGUAACAUUAUUGAUGGUUUAAAACAGUCGUUGCGCCAUGGCUUGAAUGUGAAGUGAUUACAAUAUUUAUUAUUUAAGUUUGAAAUAACGAUGGUUUCUCGACUCAUGUGCGGGAAAUCGAGUGCAUUAGAUUGAUUCGAACACGCUGAAAUCGAAUCAGCAUCAUCGAUUAAAAGGACGAACUGUGCCUGCCAAGAUGAUGACCCCGCAGGUCGUGGGCGUAUUGAGAAAGCAGCCCGGCGCUAAGAACACACCUCACAAUCCGAACGCCGGCAGGAUGCCAGUCGUCGAUCCGCAGGAAACGAAAAUUCGAGGCGAAUUGUACGUUGAAGAUCUUGGCGAGCGUCGGUUCGUCUCGAUCCGCAUGGGCUGGCUGUGGGUUGAGGGCACACCGAUGCGUAUGCCACUGCGGGCCUUAAACCUACGCCAAGCAGACCAAAGCAUAUGCCAGCCCCAUGCCUUAGCACUUGGAUUUAAUCUCAGUAAUGCACAGGGACAAAUAGUCGCUACUUUUUGGGCGGAUACCGAGCCGAUCUGGUGGUCGUGGGUUCGAGCUAUUGCCGCAGAAUUAGUGCGACAAACUCCAUUUCGUGCACAGCGAUGCCUUAACUUCCUCGAAAUCCUCACAACGUGCCCCAGAACACCAACACUCGAGAGCCUUACUGGACAGCGUCGUCGGUCGCGGAGCGAACUUCGUUGCUGGCCCACGAACGAUCUAAAUUGUGACAAAGUCGACGAGCAUAGGAAUUCGAUCGUGAUCGAGGACGCGCGACGUAGGGCACACAGUGCAUUGCGAAGCUGGUCGAGCAGUAACUCUAGUGACGACGACAACAAUUCCGGAGGCGGUGGCGUCAGCAACAAAAAAAUGCUGCAGGUGCGCGCUUGGGGCUGCAGCGAAAGUAGCGAGGGUAGUGAUGAUAGUUUGCCCUACGGUACGGGCCUCUGCAGAUCUAGCGUGGAUUGCGUCGACUCGGCUAUUACGUUGGAAGCUACCACCAAGGAGCAAAGGAUGCAACGAUACAAAGAGGCAAGGCGCAGGGAAAACGAAGCUAGGACGAAGCGAGUGCUGGAAGAGGAUGCUAGGCGAAGAAAAGCCAAGCAGGCCGAGUUAAACAACAACGAUAUUCAGCACAGAACUUCAAAAUGGAGCAGAAUACUAGAAGAUCUCUCUCCGAUUAGAUCUAAAAAAGAUCAGAGUAUUAUGAAUGUUAUAAAUUUGACUAAGGUGAAUAAGCCGUACGAGUUAUCAACGACGAGGUUGACCCCAGUCAAACCUCAUGAAGUGAGGUUUGAAGAGCAUGUUCCUGAGGACAAUCGUAACAAUAACAGCAACUACCGUUUGAAUCUGCUCAACAGUCAAAAUCGUCUACGGGACAAAGAUGAAACAUCUUCCACAGAGAUUUCGCCAACCACGACGACAACGCUCAAGAAACCAGGUAUUCUCAGGUCUAACGACACUUGUGAACGAAGAAGUCGGGCACGUGAACGUCGGGCUGUCGUUCGCGACAAGGCAACACUCAUGUCAGUUUUUGCGGCCAAUAUACAAGUGGAGACACUGGAGCAACGCAAAGAGAGGCUUGCUCGGUUUCCAGAAACCGCAACCGAGGAGAGGAAAACGAUCAUGACUUCUUCGUUGACUUUCAUGCGCAAUCCACCUCAGGAAGACGAAGUUGCCAGGCUACUGGAGAGGUGUCAGCGAGUUGACCAUUACGUACCCGUGCGAGAGAAGCUCACUCUCUUCGAGUCCUUGUCACGAAUGGGAGGACGAUUGGCUAGGAGCACCGAAGACUUGGGUAGAUCUAGCUCAAAUCCUAGUCCUAGAGGCAAGCAAAGAGCGAGAUCAUUGCACGAUCUCAACAGAGGAAGGUCUGUACCCGUGAGAGAGAUGUGUCGAUUUUUCGAAAAAGCACAGCCAGAGGCAAAUAACCAGAUUAUCAGCAACAGUCCGACGAAUUCACCUACCAAAGUUGUCAGUCCAACGCCGUUACCGAGGACGAGGUUCAUCAGCGAUGUGCCUAUGGAUCUCGCCAGGAACAAAGGGUUCAACCUUUACGACGAAUUUAGUAGGGAGCUACACGUAUUACACAAUGGAAAAAGUCCAACGACGUGCAGUGCGUCCCCGAAGAAUCCUGAUGCGCCCUGCUUAAGGAUGUCUUCGAGGCGGAGGCAUUUCGUGAAAUAAGAGUUCGUUUGUUUGUUUGUUUGUUUGUUUGUUUGUUUUUCUGUUCACUUUCAUUGCGUUACACGUUUGAGUUAUUCGCAUGAAUCGUUACGACACGUUUUCAUUAAAAAAACUUGUACGAAAAUUGUAAUGUUACAAAUUAUGGGUUUAUUUUUUUUAUAGAAAUUUCGUCAAUUACUACGAAAAAUGAUUCAAUUAUUACUGUCACCAUUGAGACUAUAUUGAAUUGUAUGUAUUUAAUCAAUAACUGUAUAUUUUUUGCCAAAAUUUGAUAAUAAUUAUUGGGUUACGUAGAAUUAACGCGUUCCGUUGAAAGGUAUAUAUAUUAUUAUUAUCUGCAAUAUGUGAAUAAUUAGCUGAACAAUCUUUUGUCUUGAAGCAUACAAUGUGAAUAAUAGGACAAGAGAAUAGUGAACCUGUCCCGAGUCAUGUAAUCGUAGUAAACUAUGUUGUAUUAAUAACUUUACAGAGAUUAUGCAACAUUUAUAAUUAAGUGCCAAUAAAACAGACGCAGGAUAUUUGCAUGGUAAAAUUUUGCUCCGAGUAAGAUGACGAGUGUAAUUUUUUUCAUGCCAUUUGCUUUUGAUUCUGUCCAAUUAUUUAAAAGCAAAGAUUCGAAGUUAUACAAAUUGUGUACAUAUAUUUUUCUAAAAAUUGUUUUACUUAUCGUUGAAUAUUAUAAAACUAGGUUUAAUCGACCGUUAAACAUUGUGAUUUUGUUCUCGCUGUUGAAUAUGUAUUAAUUAUUUUGAUCAAGAAAUUUUGAAAAAGAUUAACAUUUAAGAGUUUUCUCUUUUAAACUGAAUGCGCCCUGGUAAAAAUCAUGUGUUACGUUAAUAAUGCAACAGUAGGAGGUAAACUGGGAGCAAUUAAUCCUCGAGUCGAGUGCAAAUAUAAGAAUGAACGACUUAGUGGUUGCACGAAAAAAACGCACGUGGGUUGUGUGGCUCUGUACAUUCGCGAGAGAAAGUCGAUUUGUUGUUUCAACUGUGAAAGAUGAAGUCGAAGAAGUGUUAACAAGAGUUUGUGUGUGCGUGUAGGUAAGCACAGCUUGUAUUUUGCGCCAUUUCUUGCCUCUAUAUGAGAAUUUUACUUUCGACGACUAAAUUACCAUAGACAUUCUACUUGGACACAUGCAAGGAUUAUUUUCGCGCAGACUUAUCAAAACCGUAAUUACAAUAAUCCAAUCUCUUCAAAAUAUGUCAAUCGAGUGAAACGUGAAAAAGUUUGAUGAAUUGAAAAGGAGAAAAAUCUGCAGGAGAAAAACGAAACCAAGAAAGUCAAUAUACGCUGGAAGCUUGCACACGCAUGCAUACACAUAGACACACACAUACACACACACCAAUGUCAGCUAGACAAGUAAAUACAAGACUUCAUUAUCAUCGGAAAUAGAGGGCGCGAGAAAGUAACAACAAUUGCUUGUCGCGAAAAAAGUGCGAAAUAGAAAUUGUUCGAAGCUUGUGUGUGAGAGACAUUACAAUCGACAGCUCCAGGCUAUACAACGGCGUCAUGCCGCCGAGAGUUCGUUUAAGUUGAAAGACUUGCUGGAAUUUCAUUGCUCCCCAGGAUGUAGUUGUCUGGCAGUAUUUGGAUUUUCUGGAGAUAUAUUUAACCCGUUCGAAUCUUUCUUCUCUAACGGUCUUUUUGUUUUUGCUUUGGUCAAUUGAUCGCCGCCGCUAAUUGACCAAAAUUGAGUUAAUUACAAACUGAGUGAUUCGUUGAUUUCAACCAAAUCAAAAUUUUCUUUCUUUUUUUCCAGUAUUUGAAAUAGUAAACGAUUUCUAAGACUUUCACUUGUGCUAAUUAGAUCGAUUUCGUGACCUUGAGCCACGGUUCGCUCAGAAAAUUCAGGGCAUCGUGAAUGCAAAGGCAUUAUUAUUCUUAUCAUUUUUUUCUUGUGCACAUUAUUUUAAUCUUGGGUCACUCGACAUCCUCAAUCUUUCAAUCUUCUCAACUAUUAACACGCUGCUUUACAGACACUACAUUUAAACCUAAGUUGUUAAUGUAGCCUCAAUAAAAAAUCAAGUCUGAAUUCAAAAUUCGGUACAAUUUUUUUAGCUUGUUGAUUGAUAUGAUUCAUUGUUAUAUAAAUCCAUACGAUCUCAAAAUUGAUUAAAGUAUUAAAAUAUUCAAAAUGUUGCACGUUAAAUUUGUAUAAAUAUUGUUUGAAAUUACCUUCUAAAAUUUGUUACGUAAAAUUCGACGCUCUUCGUGUUAUUGUAUGCUUUUUCGUGUACGAAAUAUGUAUUGUAAAAAGCUCCACAUUUUCACUUUUGACGUUCUCAUAAAUGAUAUUGAAAAGAAGUAUCAAUUCUCACACGUUCGCGUGUGCAUAAAAAAGGAACGACGAUUACUUAUGAGAAUUCCUGCAUGAAAAAGAGAGUGAAAGUGAUAAAAUUCGCCGUGUAUGUGCACUUCCCUAUCGUGUACGUGCAUGAUAAUGAACUGUGAACAUUUUCGCCGCACUUCGUAUAAUCAUGAGAUCUUGUAAAAUAUACUCAUUUAUUUGUAAGUCGCACUUAUUACUUAGGCACCGACGAUAAUAGUAGCCGUAGAACAAAACAUUUAUAGUCACAUAAAUACAUUUUUAGAUUCGUUGAGAGAUUUUCGAAAAAAUUGUUUAUAAACAAGUUGCUAUUGUAUGAAUGAGCUUUUUUUAAUAUCAAUGUGUCGAGAGUUAUGUGGGGCUUAUAAGGGGUUUAUAAUCGAAAAUAAUUUUAUUUAAUUUUUAGUAAAAAUGUUUCUUCCUCUUUCCAUUGUAUUUUUCUGAAAUUCUAACAUUUUGAUUUUUCACUGAAAUAGAGCUGUUUCCGUGGAGCUUUUCUGUAUGCUUCAUGUGUUGAAUUUUUUCUUUUAUCGCAUGUUUUAAAAAGACCUUGAGGUGUCACAAAUAUGUGAAAAACGCCCAUAAAAAUGUCGGCAUUUCAGUGAAAAAUGACGAUUUGGGAAUUUAAAAAAAAUUGAAUGAAAAGAGUAUGAAAGAUCCUAUUUGAAAAUUUAAUACAAUUUUUGCGAUUUUAUUUCCCGUAUGAGCCUUUAAGAAUUUGUAUAUAUAUUAUUUAUGUAUAUUGUAUCGCAGAAAUUUAAUUAUGUAAUUAUCGAAGAUAAGCAUGUACGCUGAGAGAAAAGUGUUUGCCGACUAUAUAGCUGACAAUAAUCAACUCAUGCAUGCUAAGAACAAAUUUUUUGUAAAAUUAUGUUACUAAUUUCUUUGAGAAUUUCUCUCAGCGUUCGAAACUCAUUCGUUUAACAAACCUGACGAAAUAAGAGUCAAAACGUUGAAAUUGAAUCGUUGCAUUUUGUUUCAAAGACAACGGUUGUAGUUAUUUAGAAGGAGAAAAUAACAACCGUUGCGCCAAAGAGGAUUUCUAGUCCCUCGUGAGUUUGAGGUACGCAAAAUUAUUAUCGAAAAAAAUUCGCGAAGCAGACAAAGCGAUUCCACUACCGUCAUAAUAAUGAGCUAAUAAGUAAAUAUUACAAGUUUAUCAAAAUAUAACUUUUUAUUUUACAUGUGUCGCAAGUAUUCUAAAUUUAUUAAAGUAAAAAUUUUAUAUUCUCGUUGAAUGAUGAUACGUGGGUACGUUUUGGAUGUGCUAUACAUGUACUCAUGUAUUUAUUACAAAUGUUCGCACGAACAUUGCGUGCUGCCCGCUGCGAACUUACGAGGUUAUUAUUAUGUACUUUUUUAUGUAUUAGUAUUUACCUACUGUAAUACCUUGCAUUACCUACAAUUGUGUUUUGUUAUAUUCCGUGUAGUAUACAAGAAAAAAGGGAUAAAUAAUAACCGUUAUAUAAAGGAUAAUAUUAAUUGUGAUUUUAGAAAGUUCUUUUCAUGCCAACACGUCAUUUUUCCUGUCCUCUAACACCCAUCACGAUCACACUUUCCAAUAG